AUGGCCAUCAUACAGGAGGCAUACAUCUCGGAAGAGAUCCACGAGCUCAAGGCCCAAGCAAACCGCAAAUUUACUGCCAAAGACUACGAUGGGGCUCUUUCCAUUUAUCUUGACAUUCUUUCGCAGCUGCCAGCGCGAGAACCGUCUUCAAGCACAUCACAAGAGGUCUCAGACGAAGUUCGAGAUGAACAACAUAUCUCUGUGCCAGAGGACGACGCUGAGGGGGUAAACGAGGUAAACGUGUUGAACGUAGCAUCAACAUCAUCACCGCCACCAUCACCACCAUCUCAACCGGCUGAUGUCGAAACAGAAGAACACCAACAAAUUCGACUCUUCCGGUCCAUCAUUUAUGCCAACAUUGCAGCCACUCAUCUACGCCUCGAACAGUACCGUGACGCCGUCAAAGCUUCCAAUCAGUCGCUCCUCGAUCAGCCCAACUAUGUCAAAGCCUUAUAUCGUCGUGCGCAGGCCAACGAACAAAUUGGUGGUUGGUCCAGCCUCUCCUCCGCCCUCGAAGACAGCAAGCUCCUCCUAACUCUCCCCGACUUAUCGCAAGCUACGAAACCUGAAAUCAUGGACUCAAUCAAGCGACUCGAACCAAAAGCACAACAAGCUGCUGAGAAGGAAAAGGACGAGAUGAUUCAAAAGCUCAAAGGUUUAGGUGACAGCAUCCUGGGCAACUUUGGGUUGAGCACCAACAACUUCAAGUUUACUCAACAGCCAGGUGGUGGUUAUUCAAUGAAUUUCGUUCGAUAG